AUGGAAUCCGUGAGAAGGGGAUGGAAUCUGGGAGAAGGGGGUGGAAUCUGGGAGAAGGUGAUGAAAUCUGGGAGAAGGGGAUGGAAUCUGGGAGAAGGAGAUGGAAUCUGGGAGAAAGGAUGGAAUCUGGGAGAAGGGGAUGGAAUCAGGGAGAAGGGGAUGGAAUCUGGGAGAAGGGGGUGGAAUCUGGGAGAAGGGGAUGGAAUCUGGGAGAAGGGGAUAAAAUGUGGGAGAAGGGGAUGGAAUCUGGGAGAAGAAAGAUGGAACCUGGGAGAAGGGGAUGGAAUGUGGGAGAAGGGGGUGGAAUCUGGGAGAAGGGGAUGGAAUCGGGGAGAAGGGGAUGGAAUCUGGGAGAAUAGGAUGGAAUCUGGGAGAAGGGGAUGGAAUCUCGGAGAAGUGGAUGGAAUCUGGGAAAAGGGGAUGGAAUCUGGGAGAAGGGGAUGGAAUCAGGGAGAAAGGGAUGGAAUAUGGGAGAAGGGGAUGGAAUCUAGGAGAAGGGGAUGGAAUAUGGGAGAAGGGGAUGGAAUCUGGGAGAAGGGGAUGGAAUCGGGGAGAAGGGGAUGGAAUGAGGGAGAAGGGGAUGGAAUCUGGGAGAAGGGGAUAGAAUCUGGGAGAAGGGGAUGGAAUCCGGGAGAAGGGGAUGGAAUCUGGGAGAAGGGGAUGGAAUCGGGGAGAAGGGGAUGGAAUGAGGGAGAAGGGGAUGGAAUCUGGGAGAAGGGGAUGGAAUCUGGGAGAAGGGGAUGGAAUCCGGGAUGGAAUCUGGGAGAAGGAGAUGGAAUCUGGGAGAAAGGAUGGAAUCUGGGAGAAGGGGAUGGAAUCAGGGAGAAGGGGAUGGAAUCUGGGAGAAGGGGGUGGAAUCUGGGAGAAGGGGAUGGAAUCUGGGAGAAGGGGAUAAAAUGUGGGAGAAGGGGAUGGAAUCUGGGAGAAGAAAGAUGGAACCUGGGAGAAGGGGAUGGAAUGUGGGAGAAGGGGGUGGAAUCUGGGAGAAGGGGAUGGAAUCGGGGAGAAGGGGAUGGAAUCUGGGAGAAUAGGAUGGAAUCUGGGAGAAGGGGAUGGAAUCUCGGAGAAGUGGAUGGAAUCUGGGAAAAGGGGAUGGAAUCUGGGAGAAGGGGAUGGAAUCAGGGAGAAAGGGAUGGAAUCUGGGAGAAGGGGAUGGAAUCUAGGAGAAGGGGAUGGAAUAUGGGAGAAGGGGAUGGAAUCAGGGAGAAGGAGAUGGAAUCUGGGAGAAAGGAUGGAAUCUGGGAGAAGGGGAUGGAAUCAGGGAGAAGGGGAUGGAAUCUGGGAGAAGGGGGUGGAAUCUGGGAGAAGGGGAUGGAAUCUGGGAGAAGGGGAUAA